AUGCAAUUCUUUCAAGGUGAGGGCGGCCAAGGUGAAGAAAGGCCUGGAGGAAACUGUUUCUGGUAUCAAAGUGAAUUUUUUGAGCCAUUCAAGGAUAACAAGGUGGAACUACUUGUGCCGAAAUUAGUGUUUCUGGCCCUAAACCUUGGAGGGUUAGCUUUGGGUAUCUGGAAGCUCAACACUUUGGGACUUCUUCCAACACAUGCAUUAGAUUGGGGUUCAUCUCUUGCCCCUCCUCAGAAGAAGGAGCCAUUCAAAGAAUGCAAGAUCGUUGAAGGAGAUGCUGAGGAUCUCCCUUUCCCUACUGAUUAA